UUACUCUUUCUGCAGCACGUCGAAAGUAUCGCAGUCGCGUUUUCCACACACGAAUUUUUUAAGGCUAAAUUUGUGCAAAGAUUUCAUUAAGUUAACGUUAAGUGAUUAAUUUAAAAAUAUAGAAUUUAUAAAAUUUAGAAUUUUGUGAAUUUUUUGCAAGUAAGCUGAUAAAAAUCGGGGUCGGGUAAGUGGGUAAAAAAUUGGCUGGAAAAAACGUAUUUUUCGGUGUGUGGUGUGUGUGCGGGUAGAAAAAAAACGCGCUGCUGUGGUGGGGAAUUCGAACUGCCGCUGCUGCUGCUCUCGCCAUUUUGAGUCGAAUAAAAUUUUUCUGCCUCCAAUACGACAAAAAGGCAUUCACUGAAAAGGAGAUUCUGAAAAUAGAAGUCUGUAUAUUGCGGUCUUCCAAUAUUUGGAGACAUUUAAAUAAGUGGAAAGCGCCAAAAAGGCGAGUUUGAGGCGGGAAGAUAUCGAUAAUAAACAAUAAGCAGUCAGAAGAACUUAAAGCCACUACAGGAGCUCAAAGGUAAACCAUAGGAGACGGCAAUAAUAUCCUUUGAGCAUUGGGGCGUGAUUACACGCAAAUUUUUAUAGUCUGUAGUCUUGGCUUUUUACGGUGCGUAGGUGUCUGGACGGUGGAGUAGAAAUUGAACUGAUAAAAAAGCAAAAGACGAAGGAAAGACAACGAUAAAACGAUACGAAAAUGGCGCAUUCAACAGCGACUAUAGUCACAGCAACAACUUCAGCCGCUGCCGCAUCGGCGACAAGUGAAAUCAACUGUAUAAUCCAGGAUGUAAAUGGCAAGCUUGUCAAGAUACUGAGUCCAAAGGAUAUAAAGCAGGAAACACUCGGUAACGCAAGUGGCGGUUCCCGUAACUCCAGCGCGGGCUCACACACACAGUUGGCUACUUCAAGUCAACAACAGUAUUUGAGCCGAUAUAAUUUACAAAGUGGCGAUAGUAAUAACACAUAUACCGUUAUAUCAACUCAAAGCAGUGGCGGCAAACAUCAGCCGACAUUCACAGCGAUUAAGUACGAAACGCCCGACACGGUCACCAUCAAAACGGAGGAGCGUUAUACAAAAUAUACACCAAAUACUAAUAUAAAAAUGAAAUCAAAACUACACAGUACUAGUAGCCCACAUUCUAAUUCGGCACGAAGGCAACGCAAGCCUGAAAAAGCGGGUAAAGGGUUGCGACAUUUUGCUCUUAAGGUUUGUGAAAAAGUCAAGGAAAAGGGUGUUACAACAUAUAAUGAAGUGGCCGAUGAAUUGGUUGCCGAGGAACUACAUAUGAAUUCCAUAGAUUCAGCAAACUGUGAUCAAAAGAAUAUACGUCGGCGUGUUUAUGAUGCGCUCAACGUUCUUAUGGCCAUGGAAAUAAUAUCAAAAGACAAAAAGGAGAUACGUUGGAUAGGCUUGCCAUCAAACUCAGCUGAGCAAUGUUCUGAGCUGGAAAGACAAAAUGAAGAGUGUCGCCAACGCAUACAACAGAAACAUCAACAAUUAAAUGAGCUGUUGCUGCACCAAGUCGCUUUCAAGAGCUUAAUCGAACGCAAUAAGGAAGCAGAACGGCAAGGCAACGUGCCAACACCCAAUUCAUCCAUACAGCUACCCUUUAUCAUAGUUAAUACGCACAAAUCAACAAAAAUUAAUUGCAGCGUUACGAAUGACAAAUCCGAGUACAUUUUCAAAUUUGAUGAUCAAUUCGAGAUGCACGAUGACGCCCAAGUACUGAAACGCAUGGGAUUACUUGGAGGUUUGGACAAGGGCGAGUGCUCACACGAAGACAUCGAACGAGCAAAGAAUUUGGUACCACCGAAUUUCGAGAAGUACAUAGAAGCUUAUGGCAAUGGCAAAGGUUUGGCAUGUGACUCGGAUGACGAUACCAUGAGCGGCUAUGCUGAACUUACGAAUGAGUCGUCAUCACAUGGUUAUUCUCGCGGUAAUGGUCGUGGUUGUGCUAAAACUGGUGAUGAUGAUGAUGACGAUGAAGAUUUUAAUAGCGAUAUUGAUUGAGGCGAAUUCAUGGUUGCGUACAAUAACAGCAACAAUACAUACAACUACAAAAUAAACAGCUGCAACAGCAACAAUAACAAUAAUCUAUGUUUAUAUAACAAAACCUCAACAAACGAAGGAUUUUCUGUGGGCGGUGUUGGCCCAAUUUCCGAAAUAGACCAACAAGCGUUACCACCAGCUCAGCUCAACCGCUUAACUACUACAUCCAAUGGUGUAAGCACAACGAUCACCGAAGCCAGCAGUCAUUCAACAGAGGACUCCUUCAGUUUCUCAUUCAUUUCGGCCUUAUUAGGUUUGCAUUAAAACGGGAGCAAAGUGUCGAAAAAGAACUUAGUUACACUAAAAAUUAUUUAGAUGUCAAAUUGUUUAUUAAUUUGAGCGAUGACAGCGGCUGUAUAUUACGACUAACGUAGCUUGAAUGUACUUGUGUGUUGCCGUACUCUGCUAAGGAAUGUAAGGCAAAGCCUUUUAACCAUUUAAUAGACUUUUGCUUUUCAAUAUUAUUAUUUAAAUUUCCCCACUGUGGAGAAUUUGUUAGGCUUAAUUCAGUUUUUUGUUUUUGCAUUUCAAUUUGCAAAUUUGUAAUGAAUUUUUAACGUGCAUAAGACUUUUUCAGAAAAGGGGUGUAAUUUAAAAUGUGAUGAUUUGUGAAAGUUGUGCAUGAAUUCGAUUAUAUAAAUAUAAAAAAAUUAUAUUCAAAAUGUUUAGUAAAAUAGCAAAUUAAAUAUUUUAGCUUUUAUGCAAUAAAAAAUAAUAUUUUUUUAUUUGUUACUUUUUCAACUGCUUGAGUUCUAAUUCUAUUCUUAUUUUUCCCAGCACAUUGAAAAGUUUAACUUCAUUUAUUGAUUUAGCAAGUGCAUUUUUUAAAAGCUUGCAAAACUUUCGAAGUGUUAUCAAACAAUAAAAAUGUUAUGUAAAAUCGGAACGGAUUCCUAUUUAUAUGCGGGGAAGGUUGUCACCUCAGCCGAUUUGUUCAAAAUCUAUCAAUAUGGAUUUGGUUAAACAAAUCCUCUAUCUUUACAGUUAUUGUAUUGAUGUUUUCACCACUAAUACUAUAAUUUCCAAAGAAUUGAACUGAUUAUUAAUGUCCUCUUUAGUUAUGCAGAAUUUAAAUAUUUUUAUUAUUUGCUACAUGUAAAAGCAUAAUUUUAGGGGCAUAAUUAAGCAACUAUAACAAACUAAAAUUAUCGGUUUUGUUUGAAUACUUCUAGUGUUUUGCUUAUUUCUUCAUAUCAUAUUUAUUCUUGGCCAGCAAUUUCUUUUAACAAUUGUAAAGAAACGUUUACAAUUUUUUUUUCAUCACACCCCGAAAACUGUAAGGCAAUAUCUUCUGCAUAAGUAGUUUUUUUUUCUAAAUUGAUUGUAUAUUUUUUAACAUAUAAAAUAUGUUAUUAAAAAGAGAUCCAACCUAGUUUUAUUAAAUGUUACGGUAAAUUAUUAAUUAAUCAAAAAUAAUUAUUGAAUAAAAUAAGGAAUUAGGAAAUCAAAAAGCCUAAAUUUUUAUUAAGAAUUGGUUGAGAAGCUCUCUAUUAUUUAUAUAUGUAUAUGUAGGUUUGCUUAAUUUACAAUUUAGAAGAAGUGUAAGAAGUAUUGGCGCAAAUAAAAUAAAAUAUAAAAAAAAUUAAAAGCAUAUUUGAUAACAAAAAUAUUACAUGGUUUACAUAAAAUAAAAAGGAAAGGCCUCAAUAAACACAGAAACCUUUUUGAUUUUCAAACAAUAUUUUUAAUGCAAAAGUACGUUUAUUCGAAACGUAUUUGGUGUCAAUAUGCAUGCUUUGAGGAUAGGGCUUUCAGUGAUAACGUCCAAUACUUCCAAAAACAGUCUUGACCAAAUCGGCAUGUUUUAAAUCAAGAAAUGACACCAUUUUUAUGGUUAAGAAAGUAAUAAAAGUGAAAAAAAUUUAUUUCCUUUUAUUAAUUUAUUUGGAAAAUGCACAAAAAGUGUAGCACACUUUCCAUGCAUACGCCAUAAAUACAAAAUGUAUUUAAAAUUUAAUAUAUACAAUAAUAAAUUGGUAUAAAUACAAAUAAUAUGUAAGCCAAUCAAUUGGUCAAAUUGCUAAAAUUUUUGUGCAAAUAUCUUAAAAACAUUUUUUAACUCAAAUUCACAUACAAAUUGUGAAGGAUGAAAAGCAAGUAUAUAGUAGCUGUAUAUUACAUAAGAAACACAAAUAAGUAGUUAUAAUUCAAUAUUUAUUAUUGAGAAUAAUAUUAAAUGUUUAGACUAACAAAACGCUGUAAACACUAUAUAAUUUGUAGACAUGAAAAUCACAAUUGCAGACUUUGUACGCGACACUGAACUGAAGCAAAGUAGAAUGAGAUGGUAAAAUAAAGUGUACUACUUAUACUGAAUUAAA